AUCAUCUUAAUUAUAUCAUAUUUUAUGAGAGAAAAUCUAAUAUUAGUCUAAUAAAAAUCAUCUACAUUUAAAACUCUUUAUUUAAAGUUUAUCAAACUCUUUCAAGUCCAUCAUCUCUUUAAACCUUGCCUCCUCUUUGAGAUACUUAGGAUAGCCAUUAUUUCAGCUUUACUGAUGAGAAAUCUUGGCUCAGAACUCGAGUGCCCCACAGUUUACAACUAAAAAGGCAAAACCAAGACUUGGGCCUGGAUCUUCCAGUUUCUAGUCCAAUGAGCAAUGUGGUUCAAAGCCAAAUUAAAAAAAAAAAAAAAAAAGGACUGAGUAUCUUUACAAGCUGAAGUCUUUAACAGCUUUAUUCUUAGGGUUGGCACAGUGAUUUCCAGGUGGCCACUGUGAGACCAAAUAAUGAUUGUACUAAUAUGACUUUGUUUUCCUUCUCCCCACACUAAUAUGCCAUUGUUAUUUUUAAUAUCCUCUCUAGUAAUUCUCCUAGGACAGAACUAUCUUAUCUUGAAACUGAGCUUGAUAUUUCCUAGUUCUGGGGAGACAUGGUGUGGUCUUUUAAAAAGAGAUUUCCAAUUAAAUUCCACCUCCGGGCAGGCUUUUGUAGGCCACAGUCCUAUGCACUAUCAAGUAGAGACAGAAGCUUCACUUUGUACUCCUAACUAGAGUAAGAUUAGGUGAUUUGAGUUUCUUCUUGCCCAGGAAUGCUGCACACUAUCAGAGUUGAUUCUGCAAGUAUGCCCCUGGGGUUUAGCAUCCCCUUUAAGAUAAGCAUGGGCAAAGCAAAUGACCUGUUGGAAGAUUUUUUUUCCCCUGUACCUUAAUAAUAUUUACUUGGGUACCUUCUCAAAUCUCUCAGUGGCUUUUAAAAAAAGAUGUUUCUCUAAUACUGCUACUUCAUUUGAUUUCUGACUUAAUUUUUGUCUCCCAACCUUUUUUUUUUUUUUUCCAUUUAAUAUGAGGGUUCCAUGACUUUGAGGUUCUGAGCUGCUGUUGAUGUGCUGUACCUCCUUCAAUUCUCAGCUCUCAAAGGGGAAAACUGCAGAGGAUCGGAAAUGCUCUAGUGUCACACCUGGAAACACCCACAGGAAAAUUAAUAUACGUAUUCCCAACUGACCCUGGUUGAGAAAAAUUGCAUCUGGGAAUCAGAGUUACAUAGCAUAGCAUGCUCUUUAUCCAGAUAACCAAGCUAAUUUUGAGCUUGUUCAACUUCAAGAAAAACUGAAGGAGACAGAGGAAGCCAUGGAAAAAUUAAUCAACAGAGUGGGACCUAAUGGGGAGAGCAGAGUACAGUCUGUGACUUCUGACCAAGAGAAACGAUUGCUGCAUCAGCUCCGAGAAAUUACCAGGGUCAUGAAAGAAGGAAAGUUUAUUGACAGACCCACCCCAGAGAAAGAAGCUGAGGAAGCCCCUUACAUGGAGGACUGGGAAGGUUAUCCAGAAGAAACUUAUCCAAUUUAUGACCUUUCAGACUGUAUCAAACGUAGACAAGAAACAAUCCUGGUGGAUUACCCUGAUCCAAAAGAGCCCUCUGCUGAAGAAAUAGCUGAAAGAAUGGAAGUGAUGGAAGAGGAAGAAUCAGACCACUUGGGUUGGGAAGGUCUGCCCACUGACCCAAGAGCCCAGGAGGAUAAUUCUGUUAUCUUGUGUGACCCAAAGCCAGAAACAUGCUCCUGCUGUUUUCAUGAAGAAGAUCCUGCUGUCUUGGCAGAGAAUGCUGGAUUCAGUGCAGAUAGCUACAGUGAGCAAGAGGAAGCCUCCAAAGAGGACUCUCCUGAAGACUUUAGAGAUGAAGGGUUGGGCGUCAAUGCUGAUAAAACAUUUACAAGUGGCGUGUUGAGGAAGCGUAACCCCCAGGGUUUAGAGUGAAAGCAGCCAGUUUGGUGAAGUAUCCAUUACUUUAGUCCCAAGGUGACCUUUCUCUUCUCUCUGAUUUCAUCCUUGGCCUCAUGCCCUGUACUUUCUUUUCUGUGUUCAGAUGUCAUAGCUAUCAGGCCACUACCAUGGAUAUCAUGUAUCCUUCCUGGUGCUUACACACCUGUCACCUUGUAAAACAUAGUCAUUAGUAUAAACACAGGAUAGCUUCACUCUUCCUCUUCCUGUUUUUCCCCCAUCAGGGAAGUUGAUCCAUGGAAUAAUUCUUUGGUCUACCAUAGUUACAUAUGAGACUAUCAAAAGGUCUGACUCUUCCUGCUAGGAGCAACAGGUUUACCUGUGAAUGAACUCGGUUACAGAUGAUAGGACUUAAAGUGGUAAAAGUGAAGAUUUCGGACUUCAGGAUGCCUUAUUCUUUGGGUCUUGAGCAGGAUAGUGGUCCUCUGGGGAGAAGUGAUCAUUUUCUUUGUGUGGUCCAUGGUCCUAGAGCAGAGCAAGACUCUGCUGGCUGAGCUGAAACUUCUUCAUUCAGUGAAGGUCUUUCUCAAAACACUGAUGCCCAGACAUUCUCUUUUCUCAGACAUCCUCUUUUCUCCGGAAUAGUGGAAGACUUACCACUGACCUGUGAAUGAGCCUGCAGGCCUAUUUGGGUAUUGUUUUGCUCUGACAUGGCCUGGUUUUCUAGCUUCCUUUCUAUUCUGCUAUUCUAUCCCCUUUUCUGCUUAAAAGACCAGGGAAACCCAGAGGCAUCUUUGUACCUCUGGUCUUCAGCAGCCAGAGGAAGCUUUAGAGACUUUAGUCCCUGCCCUACAGGGGCUGUUUGGGCUCUGGGAAGGCCUGCCCAAGUGUAGUGAUCCUGCUGGGAAGAGCUCAGAAUGUCAGGGACCCAGUAAUAAGAGAACCUGUGCACUCUUGUAUAGUCCUUGCCUCAAAGCUGUUUCUUAACAUUGUGCCCAUUGGGAAAUUGUUCUCAAAACGGCAUGAAUCAAGACAGAAAUGAGGACUGAGCUUGUACACAAAGUGCCAACAUAGCAGGGAAGUUGCACAGUUAUCCAUCACAGAGAACCAAUAUAGCCAUGCCUUGGGGAAGAAACCAUGUGUUCUCUAUUUGAAUGUUUGGGUCUUUUGAGAGAGCUGGGGAAUGUAGGAAGUAAAUUAGGACUGGGAGGAUUUUGACCAGGCUGGAAACGUGUUUUAAGCUACCAUUCAGCUCGUGAGACAAGGUGGCACCUAUGAAUUCUGACAAAAAGGAUGAGUGAAUUCAGUUUAUAUGUAAGACCUGAGAGUUUAAGAGGACAUGUUCCUGAGGACAUUUUAUCACAUUAUAAAAUGAGAAAGAUGGAAAACUUAAGAAAUUGUAUGAAGGUAGAUAUAGAUUUUAGAGUUCCUUUGUGCCUGGCACGAAUAUGAUGCCCAGCAUAUAGUUAAAAUCACACGUGUAAGCUUAGACUACUGUCAGAAGGUAUGUCAGUUACUACAAGGCAUUACUUGUUAAUUGAACUGUACAUAAAAGUCAAUGAAGAUGAGUUCUUAGAAAGAAGACCACAAUGCAUCUAUCUCUGUGUAGAACAUUUGUUUUACAUUAUAAAGAAUGCUAUUUAAAAUGUACAGAAGACAACCUAGAAUGUCAUGUAAUACUAAAGGUAAAAAUAAUGUAGGGUCCUCUUCACCAUUUGGUAAAUUGUUUUCUGUGUGAUUUUCCUUCAUUCACCAUGAGGGGCUGAUUUAUAAGUAAAGCCCUGGGUCUCUGGUUUAAAUUUCUUUUUUGCCUUAGGAUGUGAUUCCCUUACUAGAAAUAAGUACUUUUGUUUUCCUUUCAAUUAUUCAUCCAGUCAUUCAUUUAGAAUGAAUUCAUUUAAAACUUAAAACAACUAACUGCUCAGUGCUAGGUACUAGGAACAGACGACUCAGUUCCUACUUUUAAAACAAAACAAACAAACAAAAUAAACCCCACCUCAAUUUAACAUAGGAGCCUGACAGAUAAAAUGAACUAUGAACUGUAAGACGAAUCAAGAUUGUGAAUUCUGAAGGCAGAGGAAAAUGGGUCAUGAUCUUUCCCUGUAUACUUUAGCUAUAGAACUUUGGGUCAGCUCCUUGGGCAGUCUGAGCCUUGGCAUUUUCAUCUAUAAAGUAAGCAUAAUAAAAGUCCAGGUCUCACAAGGUUUUAAGUAUUAAAUGAAAUCAUCAGUGCAUUUAAAAUGGCAUUGCUUCUAAUUCAUGCAUGAUAACCACUCAUUGAGUAAUAGCUGUUUUAUUAUACAGUGUUUUAUGCUGUGAUUUGGUAUGGACCCAAAACUACAGGAACAUUAAGGAAAGAGAAAUAAUAUUGCCAAAACUGCUUCCAAGAAAUUUUUCAGAGGUGGACCUUGGGGUAUGCCAAGAAUUUCUCCAAGUGGGCAAGGAAAUAGUAUUAGCAAAAGCAGUGAAGUAGAAAGUAUAUGGAUGUUCAGGUAUCUUGAUGAGGCUGGUGUGUAAAGUGUUGCAUAACCAAUCUUGUAAGUGAUACCCUAUGGGAAAAAAUGGCUUAUGGAAAUAGUUCCUGCCAAAAGCAUUAAACCCUCAUCAUGGCUCCUGCUACCUAGAUCUUAGUUGGUUUAUCUAUCAGGAAUAUAUUUGUUUCUGUAUCCAAAAUUUUAACGUAACUUUUAGUUAUUUAGGAUUUAGACAGUGUUUUUUGGAUUUUCUGAAUUAUUUUAUCCUUUAGGAAUGACAAUUCUGUGUGUGUGUAUGUAUGUGUGUGUAUGUGUGUGUGUGUGUGUGUAUAUAUAUAUAUAUAUAUAUAUAUAAAUAAACAAACUUAGGGUGACCAAAAUUAUGAGACUGAUGUUUGUUGAUGUGUCUUCAUUUCUCAGAACGAAGGGACUAAAAUUUGAUCACUCCCCUGGCACUAGGUUUGUAGUGACCUUUAGGUAUUGUGGCAGAGUACAUAAAGCAUCAAUUAGGGGGCAGAUAAUUGGCCUAAUCAACAAUACAUUAUCUGGGAUCAUGCUUGGUAAAGCAGGUAGGUAAUCCAGCCAGGAGAUCCCUUCUCCUAGUCACACCAGCAACACAAGGAAAGCGUCUUAUUUGCUUCAGAAGUUGGGUCCAGAGAAGUAUGCUGAAGAGGUAUAUUUGGCCUCUAGAAAUAAUGGCUUUAAGAACCACAUUCUUGCUGGGUAUCGUGGCACAUACCUGUAAUCCCAGAAGCUUGGAAGGCUGAGACAGGAUUGUGAGUUCAAAGCAACUCAGUGAGACCCUGUCUCUAAAUAAGAUACAAAAAAUAAGGCUGGGGAUGUGUUUCAGAGGUUGAGUGCCUCAGAGUUCAAUCUCUGGUAUCACCGCCCCCCCGGCCAAAAAAAAAAACCCCUCAUUCUCUGCACUGUGGGCUUGAAUGAUCAAAUAAACUUAUGGUUCAAACUGA